AGUGCAAAGUUCCUGCAUCCCCUCUUAAUUGCCAUCUGUCCAGCCAUCAGCUAUCUAAAGCUGCAAAUGACAUCAAAAGUAAUCAAGAAAGAUGUCACUUGAGUUAUUCUUCUGCCGUUCCAGUGUGCAACAAUGUUCGGCGGCCCAGUCCAGGACACUACUCUCGCUUCCAGUUUCGGAAGACUUUCUCCUCGCGUUGCACCUGGAAGUGCACUGCUAUUGUCUGCCUCUUCAUAUCACUUGCCAUUUUAUCCGCCCUUGCUUAUUUUGUUGCUUUAAUGUUUCCUUAUUGGCAUCAUGCAAGUUCUCAUCCUUGUCCAGUCAUGGUGGAUGACAUGGAACAAGAGAUUGGGAGAAUCAAUUCAGCUAACAUUCCAAAAAAGACACCACCACCUAAAAGUGAGACAUUCUCUGAAAUCCAAUUGGGUAAGUCUUCUAGUGCCAAAAUUGGUAGUUUUGGGUAUUGGAAUUACCAAUUUCACCUGAGAAAUCCUUCUCUAGUCAAGUUCAAUUAUACACUUUCUCAUGGUGCCAGCUUAGGUGUAUAUGGUCGAAGAGACGGCAUUCCAACUCACACACGGUAUGACUUCUUCGAAAUUUUGAAGCCACGAAGCCAUCGAACAAAAAGGUCAGAAAAG